GUCGCACUCAGAGGCUUGCUGUGUGAAAGGGGUCACCAGUCCAAAAGAACCACUGGAGAGUACCACUGGACUAGAUGAUCUAAUCAUCCCUUCUGGUUUUAAAGACUCACUCUCCAGUGGGGGAGGGGUAUACAGGAACAGCAUAGUGGGGUACUGUCAGAAAUGGGGUGCAGAGCUGGGGAGGGAUGGGAAUAGCAGGGGGUGCUGUGGGGCAGGAUUGAGCAUUGGGUGAGCGAGGCAGGGGGAUCAGCCCCACUCCCAUGUAUGCUGUCCCUCGCCCGAGCUUUCUACUGUUGGUCUCAGGUGCCUUUAGCUCUGUGCUCCUCCCCCUUCCAGCAGUUGUGCAGUGCUGAUCUGAAAGCAGAAGCUGGGAGGGUCUCAUGACCCGCUGCCUCCCCACAGGAAGUGCCAAGCAUAGGUGCAGUCCCUGCUGCUGGAGUGAUGCCCACCUUCCAGUUCUUGCCCUUCUUGGCGGUGCUGGGCACCCUGGGGUUCCUGUGUGUGGUGUUCACAGGGUUCUGGUCCCAGCACUGGCGUGGAGGCUUUGCCUGGGAUGGCUCCGCCAAGAUGUUUAACUGGCACCCACUCUUCAUGGUGACGGGCAUGCUGGUGCUGUAUGGGGCGGCGGUGUUGGUGUACCGGGUGCCCAGCUCCUGGGUGGGCCCUAAGCUCCCGUGGAAGCUGCUGCACGCGGCGCUGACCCUGGCAGCUUUUGUCCUGGUUGUGCUGGGGCUUGUCGCCGUCUUCGGGUUCCACAAUGCCCAGAAGAUCCCCAACAUGUACUCGCUGCACAGCUGGUUGGGGCUGGCAGCUGUGCUGCUCUUCUCUUGCCAGUGGCUCAUGGGGUUCGCUACAUUCCUGUUACCCUGGUCCCCUGCCUGGCUGCGGAUCAUCUACAAGCCUGUUCACGUCUUCUUCGGCUCCACCAUCCUUGCGUUGGCCAUGGCUGCAUCCAUCUCUGGCAUCAACGAGAAGCUCUUCUUCAGCCUGACGAACAAGACAGUUCCCUAUACCAAACUCCCCCCUGAGGCCUGGUUCGCCAAUUCUCUGGGGAUGCUGAUCUUGGUCUUUGGGUUGCUGGUGCUGUGGGCUCUUGCCAUGCCAGCCUGGAAGCGCCCAGAGUCAGAGUCACUGGAGGCCCGACAGCCCCUGCUCCAUUAGGACAAGUGAAGCAGCUGCCCGGAGGAGCUGCUGCCCAGACUCUCUGGUGAGAAGGGCAGCUCGGUGCUCCUGCUGUUGGCGGUGAGCCAUCUCCGGAGCCUGGCCAGCACGGAGCCGAGGGUUGGAGGUGCUCUCCGUGCUCCCUCACCACCUGGCUGCUCUUUCGGAUCCCUGGCUCUUGCCACUCCCCUGCCUUCUGCUGUGGGUUCCUGCACAUGCUGCUUCUUCCUGGGAUUCACCAGGCGGCCUUGGCCCCUCUUGCCAUUGUGCUGCUGUGCCUUAAGGGCCCUGGCUGAUGCUACGGCCUAGAUCAAGUGGCCCGAACUAAAAUAAAAGCCUGCUUUGUGGCGCUUGCCCUGGUGUUGGCUCUGCUGGAGGCGAGGGCCAGAGCCUGUGCUGGACACUCAGCUGUAGCAGUGUGCAUGUGCCCGGGGCAUCAACGUGCCAAGCUCCAGCCAGUUUCCCUUUCCCACUGCCUGCCUAGAUCUGCCACCCACUUCUGCUCUCUGGCACUGUCCCCUGCAACCCAGGGAGACUCUGCUAGGGCUCAGAGCAUUUGUUCUCCAUGGGGUUUGCUUCCAGCCCUGGUCAUACUCCCUCUCCCUUGUCCCAGCUCUUUGAGGGGAGGAAGCAGUUACAUUUCCUCCUGCCAGGAGAGGGCU